AUGAAGGUUACAUCAGAUGUUCGAGCUUACCUUGUCUCUCGCAUCACUACGCUCAAUCCAACAUUUGAACGCCCUCCCAACAUGCUCAGGGUGCUGCGCAGUUUAACUGUCAAGCAAUGGAUGUUCUUCACCGUCGGCUAUCUGGCUUGGUCAUGGGAUGCAUGUGACUUCUUUUCCGUUUCAUUGACCAUUACCGAACUAGCCAAGACGUUUGGAAAAUCAAAUGCCGAUAUUACUUGGGGCUUAACGCUUGUUCUAAUGUUUCGUUCAGUUGGAGCCAUAAUUUUUGGGCUCCUGGGUGAUAAGUAUGGUCGAAAGUGGCCAUUCAUUGCGUGUAAUAUCCUUUUCAUAAUCCUCGAACUGGGAACUGGUUUCGUGCAGACAUAUCGGCAGUUUCUCGCCGUCCGGGCAUUAUUUGGAAUAUGCAUGGGUGGAUUAUACGGUCUUGCGGCUGCAACUGCGUUAGAGGAUGCUCCUGCUGAGGCCAGAGGUUUACUUUCGGGAAUUUUCCAGCAAGGAUACGCCUUUGGUUAUCUUCUCGCAACUGUAUUUGCCAGGGCACUCCUCCCUACGCGCUAUAGUUGGCGUGCCUAUUUUUGGUUCUGCGCGGCACCUCCGAUUUUGAUCAUUAUCUUUCGUCUAGCCCUUCCCGAAAACGAUUCAUUCUUAAGAGGGAGGACAGUCAGAAGAUCUGGACCGGAUGCUAAAAAUCAAUUUGACUCGCAAGCUAAGAAAGCCUUUAGCAGAUAUUGGCUCACUACUCUUUAUCUGACGGCCCUGAUGGCCGGCAUGAACUUCAUGGCUCAUGGGUCGCAAGAUUUGUACCCUACAUUGCUCCGGGAGCAGUACUCAUUCUCUGCAAAUGACGUUACAGUCACACAAGUAAUAGCUAAUUUAGGGGCGAUGGCGGGAGCAACUGCCUCGGGGUAUUUUUCCCAAAUAAUAGGGCGGAGGCUAACAAUCAUUAUCAUCGCUGUCCUGGGCGGGGCACUGCUUUAUCCAUAUAGCUUUGUUUCCAGUAAGGCAGUCUCAGCGGCUGCCUUUUUUGAGCAGGGAUGCGUGUUAGGAAUCUUUGGAAUUGCUCCCAUUUACCUCAUGGAACUCGCACCCCCUGCUUUCCGAACUCUUGUUGUGGGUGCCUCUUAUCAAAUCGGCAAUCUGAUAUCUUCUGCAUCGCCCACAAUUGAAGCUACACUCGGAGAACGAUUCCCUUUGGAUAGCAAGGGUAACGUGAAUCGGUAUAACUAUGGAUUGGUGAUGUGUUUAUUUAUGGCUGCUGUGAGCAUCUGCCCGUGA